AUGCCGCGCCCCCAGCACAAUACGACCUCCCUCCCGCGUGACCUGCGCGCGGAGCUAGGGAUCAGGGAUACUUAUGGCGAGAAGAAGCGCCAGCGGAACGGCCCCGGAAACCGGAAGGAGCGCCGUCAAGCGGAGCGAAACAAUAAGAAAUCGAGCAAACCAGCAAGGGCGCCAGUUCAGAAACAGAAGCAACGAUUCGAGCGACCGAAAGAGGAUGAAGAUGACCUCGAUCUGGACGAGAACGAAGGAUCGUCCAGCGAAGAUACACCAGCUGCCCCGAAAAGCAAACAAAGAACACGCCAAGAGUCACAGCCGGCCCCUAAAUCCGUCGUGACGAAAAGGCAGAAGCGGCUGCUCGACGAGAUGGGCGAUGAUGAGGAAAGUGACAGCGAUGACUAUGAGGGGGAAAGCGACGAGGAGGAGGGCGACGAGGAUGGUAACGAGGAUGAUAUUCCACGCGGCGCACAUGUUUCGGAAAAUGUCAAGUCCAAGCUAGCUCAGGAUGACGCCGAAAUUGCCGCGCUGGAGAAGAAGCUCGGUCUCAAGAAGGGCAAGAAGCUACCCAAGGCAUUCGCAGAGGAUGGACUAGAUGAUUUGAUGGGAGACUUGGGCGAGGAGUCGGAAGACGACAGCAAGAAGCGUAAGCGGGAAGCCGACGAGUGGCUUCAAAGCAAGAGGCAGAAGGCGUUGCGGCGUCAGGCUGAGGCUUCGGAUGACGAGGAGGAAGAUGACGAGGAAGACCUCGACAGUGAAGAUGGUAUGGAUGACCUUGACAAAGGAAUCUUUGGGUCGGAGAACGACGAGGAAGGCGAGGACAGCAGCUUUGAUGGAUUCGACAAAGAAAAAGAAGGUCCGCCCAAGAAACGCGAAAAUCCAUAUGUGGCACCCGUGCCCGCGCCUGAAAAAGCAUCCCAGAAAUACAUUCCACCAUCAUUGCGAGCUCGCGGGGAUCCAGAGACAGAGUCUCUGACUCGACUGCGUCGCCAGGCCCAGGGACACCUGAACAAGCUCUCCGAGGCAAAUCUGGUGUCUAUCCUCGCGGAGUUUGAAAAGCUCUAUCGGGACUACCCGCGCCAAAACGUCACCUCCACCCUGAUCAGUUUGUUGAUGGGCCUUAUCUGCGAAAGAGCUGUGCUCAACGAUACGUUUAUCAUCCUACAUGCUGGAUUCAUUGCGGCUGUGUACAAGAUCAUGGGUACGGACUUUGGCGCGGAGAUUGUGCAGACGGUGGUGGAAACUCUGGAUAGAGAAGCGGACGAACGUGGCAAGUUUGAGGGCAAGGAGACUGUCAAUUUGGUCUCGCUCUUGUGCCAAUUAUACAACUUCCAUGUCAUUGGGAGCCCCUUGAUCUAUGACUACAUUCGCCUCUUUCUGCAGGAGAUUACGGAGACCAAUACCGAGCUUCUGCUGAAGGUCAUUCGGAAUUCCGGUCCUCAACUUCGUCAAGACGAUCCGUCUGCACUCAAGGAUAUUGUACUCCUCAUUCAGCCCGCCGUGGCGAAGGUCGGCGAGGAAAACCUCUCCGUCCGAACCAAGUUCAUGGUUGAUACUAUCACCGACCUCAAGAACAACCGUGUCAGGUCUGGGAUCGGUGCAGGCGUGACUACGGAGCAUAUCACCAAGAUGCGCAAGAUUCUGGGUUCUUUGAACAACUCCCGGGCCAUCCGCGCAUCAGAGCCCAUCAACAUCACCCGCUCUGAUAUUCACGACUCUUCCAAGAAAGGCAAAUGGUGGCUUGUCGGGGCAAGCUGGCGGGAAGACCCUCUGGUGUCUGCUCGCCAGGAGUUGUCCAAUAUGCCAAUGGGAGGGACCGAUGCGAUGGAGGAUGACAGUGAAGCCGAGCCCGAUCUGGGAGAUCUGGCCAAGGUGCACCGUAUGAACACGGAUGUCCGCCGUUCAAUCUUUGUGGCCAUCAUGUCGGCGAACGACUACCAAGACGCGCAAGUCCGCCUUCUUAAGCUUCGCCUCAAGCGUUCGCAAGAACUGGAGAUUCCGCGUGUCCUCUUGCACUGUGCCAUGCAGGAACAAGCACACAACCCAUAUUAUACCCUGAUUGCGCGACGCCUUUGCGGAGAAUCGGGCCGCCGUCUCAAGAUGUCUUUCAUGUUCGCUCUCUGGAACAUCUUCAAACGGAUGGGUGAACAAGGCGACGACGAGGAGGAAACCGAGUUCGACGCCGACGACGAGGAAACCGGUGUUAACAUGAAAGCCGUUGUCAACCUGGCCAAGAUGUACGGAAUGCUCAUUGCGGAUGGAACGUUAACGCUUGGUAUUCUGAAAACCCUCAAUUUCGCUUAUCUCCAGCCCAAGACCAAGACAUUUGUCGAGCUCUUGAUAAUCAGCAUCAUUCAGCAAUCGCAGAAGACCAAGGCGGCACUCAACAAGAAGAAAGCGAGCAAGACCAGCGCGGUUGACGCGAAGGACGAGGAGUCCCUUAUGCAGAUCUUUUUGCGUGUCCAAGACACGCCUCAGGUCGCGAAGGGCCUGAUCUAUUUCGUUCGCAAGGUCGUCGCCAAGACCGAUAUUGUGACUGAGAAAGAGCAGAAACUGGUUCGCUGGGGUUGCAAUGUGGCCGUGGAUGCCCUUAAGGCUGUUAAAGAUUAA